GUGUCGGGGAGGAGCCGGGCGUGGAGCUGCACGGAGUGGAGCUCAGGGCUGCUGAGGGGAGCGGAGCUGAGCGGCUGGGCGGGCCUGGCCAGGCCAGCCGAGCAGAGACGUCGGUCGAGCAGCGGCGAACAUGCGCUUUUGACACACUGGAGGCUUUCUUGAUCAUGGAUGGUGAAGAUAUACCAGAUUUUUCAAGUUUAAAGGAGGAAACUGCUUAUUGGAAGGAACUUUGCUUGAAGUAUAAACAAAGCUUCCAGGAAGCUCGGGAUGAGCUAGUUGAAUUCCAGGAAGGAAGCAGAGAAUUAGAAGCAGAGUUGGAGGCACAAUUAGUACAGGCUGAACAGAGAAACAGAGACUUGCAGGCUGAUAACCAAAGACUGAAAUAUGAAGUGGAGGCACUAAAGGAGAAACUAGAACAUCAGUAUGCACAGAGCUACAAGCAGGUCUCAGUACUAGAAGAUGAUUUAAGUCAGACUCGGGCCAUUAAGGAGCAGCUGCAUAAGUACGUGAGAGAGCUGGAGCAGGCCAAUGAUGACCUGGAGCGAGCAAAACGGGCAACAAUAGUUUCACUGGAAGACUUUGAACAAAGGCUAAAUCAGGCCAUUGAACGAAAUGCAUUUUUAGAAAGUGAACUUGAUGAAAAAGAAUCUUUGUUGGUGUCUGUACAGAGGUUAAAGGAUGAAGCAAGAGACUUAAGGCAAGAGCUAGCAGUUCGGGAAAGACAACAGGAAGUAACCAGAAAGUCAGCUCCUAGUUCUCCAACUCUAGACUGUGAAAAGAUGGAUUCUGCUGUCCAAGCCUCACUCUCUUUGCCAGCUACUCCUGUUGGCAAAGGAACGGAAAACAGUUUUCCUUCACCGAAAGCUAUACCAAAUGGUUUUGGUACCAGUCCACUAACUCCUUCUGCUAGGAUAUCAGCACUCAACAUCGUGGGGGAUCUGUUACGGAAAGUAGGGGCUUUAGAAUCCAAAUUAGCAGCUUGCAGGAAUUUUGCAAAGGACCAAGCAUCACGAAAAUCCUAUAUUUCAGGGAAUGUUAACUGUGGGGUGAUGAAUAGCAACGGCACAAAAUUCUCUCGAUCAGGGCAUACAUCUUUCUUCGACAAAGGGCAAGAAAAAGUCAUAUUUCCCACGUUGUUCAUGGUUGUCUUUGCAGGGAAUGUGUCUGCACUUUCUUUCUUAGGAGAACCUCUCUCCAUGAGUCUGUAUUCGACUCCCUGGACCCCUCUGAUGAGUAGGGCAGUAAACGGCUUUGACCCAGCUCCUCCUCCUCCUGGCCUGGGCUCCUCGCGCCCGUCGUCAGCACCGGGUAUGCUGCCUCUCAGUGUGUGAGUCCCGGCCUCCAGGUGGGGGCUCCUGCCCUCCUCCAAUGACCCAGGACACCCACGCCUCACCCCUCGGUGCCUGGGCCCAGCCCCGUGCCCCUCCGUCUGCCUCCCCUGGGCGGGCAGAGGGCGGGCUGCAUGCAGUGGCAGCUGCCGAGCCCUGCCCAGCCCCAGGACUCUGCGCGAUAUCAAUACUGGCUAUUUUCUCUUCUCGCCGUAGUGCCGUUGGUUUCACAUGAUUGCACUUUUGUGGGUCACAAGGUGAUACAUACAUGUAUUACUUGGUCACUGGAUGCAGAAGUACCCAUUCAUCACACCUGCCUCAUAGCCCACACUCUGCUGUACCCAUAGGAUUUAGUUGUGUUUAAGACAUUGCACAGUUUCUAGAAGUUCUCCCCCAAAUCAGGUCGAUGUGUGCCCUCCUCCUGAGCUCCCACCCAAGCAUCUUUAGUGCUCAUGAUCAUGUGUCCCCCACGCCACUCCUCACAGUUUGGACCUGUUUCUGGCAAAGAGUCAGGAAGGUCACUGAAUUAGGGAACAUUUUCUGCACCUUCUGAUUUUACUUAAGCAGUUAGCAUUCCAUAGACUUGCCUCGCAAAGCAGCAAAACGCCCGUCCGAGCCCCACUGGCAGGAGCCUCGGGGCCUGGGCACACACAGGGCUGAGCCUCUGUGCCGUCUCCUCCUCCAUGUGCCUCAGACUUGGGGGAGGAGGGGCCACCUCCUUGCCAGCUUUUCAGUCCUUCAGUUAAAUGACAUCUUCAGAGUGUUUUUGUUUUCUCUUCUGAGGGCCUGUUCAGUUGUGUUAGGAAGGGUUGAGUGGCCUGAUUCCUGGGACGGGCCAAUGCCAGCUCCUGGGGGGCAGACUGACCAAAAGUGGUUGUCCCUGUGCACCCUUUGAUUACUCUCAUGCUGCAUUUACUGUUUACAUUUGUUUUAUUGUACAUAGGUUUGUAAACAUGAUUGCCUAAGAUAUUUGUAUAUAACUUGGGCUUUGUAGCUUUUAUUUAUUCAGAACUCAUAUGGCAUGUUAAUGACUUAUGAUGGUGUCCUACUCUGGGCAGUGUAUAGGAUCAUCAUGUGGUUUAAAAAGAAACAAAAUACAUCCCCUCCAAAAAAAUCUUUUAAUGUGGAAACAAUAAAUUUCACAGAAAAAAAG